AAUUUCGGAUGCCAAACCAACACUCACCAUGCUCGCGACACAAUGAUCCUUACUUUCAUCCACGGUAGACAGACAUAACGAAAGAACAGUUACUUUUGCAAUGUGUAAGGCAUCAAAGAUGUCAAGCGAGGAAAACCCGUCAGUUUUUGAAUGCAGUAAUAAUUUUAUGUUCUGAUUGAAAAAAAGAACUCUGGAUUCCAGAUUUUCAAUGAGGAGCUUGCACUGCACGAGAAAUGCAACGUCUGCAUUUAAUAUCGCUUGCUUUCAGUGUGCCAAGGCCAGCCAGGCUAAUUUCGUUUUCUUUCUGCGCCUCCGCCCGCGCCAGCGCCCAAGUAUUAACAUUGAGGAUGUGCUACAAGCUACACAGACCCCACAAGCAUCCGUUUCUACGCCAGCUCCUGUCAAACGAUCUCCUCUCGGCGCCACCGUGAAGCAUGUCAGCCUGGGCAAAAAGUUGAACGGACGCAAACGUCCAGUUUCCUCCCAUCGUGUAUCUGCGGCCAAACGUAAAGCGGCUAACGAUCAAAAUCAGGAAUGGAUUGAAGCGGAAGAUUUUCAAGCACUUUGCCGCAGCAGUAAUAUUCCGCAAGACGUGCAUGACUGGUCAGCAAGCAAUGUGGGGACUUGGCUGGGCUGGGCCGUGAAGAAUUUCAGUCUGCCGGACAUCAAUAUGCGUUUAUUUUCGGAAAUGGAUGGGAACGCUGUCUGCUCAUUGGGACGUGAUAUGUUUCGGCAGUUGGUCGGUCGGGAUGACCGCGAUCUCUUUUGGACGCAUCUGGAAAUUUUGCGCUCAAAAAAUUACGCAGAAAUUCCUGUGUAUAGCGUUGUUCCGGCAGUUCCUGACGCUGAGCUGAGCAGUCCGAAGGCUCGUGUACGAUUGCCCAACAAAUCACCCAGCGCCACUGGAUCUCCAUUUGCCAAAGAUUCGGGUAAUGUUCAGUUGUGGACAUUCCUGUUGGAACUGCUGAUGAGUGGUCAGCACGCCAAUGCUUUGGAAUGGACCAGUAGUGAUGGAGAGUUUCGGUUAUUGGAUCCGGAACGUGUGGCGGAAUUGUGGGGUCUGCGAAAGAACAAGCCCAGCAUGAAUUACGAGAAAAUGAGUCGUGCUUUACGAUAUUAUUACGACGGGAAUAUUCUGGCCAAGGUUCAAGGGAAACACUUCACCUACAAAUUCCUCAACAACUUGUCGGAGCAUGCUAAUGUUAACAAGCGCAUCAGUGAUCCGGCGGUACAGAAUCUGCCGUUGAAUCUUUCGCCGCGAGCCAGUAAUCCGUCCUCGCCCAUGACGCCGGCGUCGCUGCGCAGCGAAUCGGAACUGAGUGUGGAAGUGCCGCUGCCGCAGGAGCGUAAAUCCAUUGGAACGGCUCUCGAUCUGCGACGUCUCAGUAGCCAUAGCCUGUCGCAGGUCGCUGCCUGAUUCGGGAUGUCUUUUUGAGUUUUGUUGAUGUUUCGUAUCGUUUAUGGCCAUAUUUGCCCGUCCAUUCCACAGAGACAGGAUCGAUACGCACUAUUUUUGUUCUUACGCCCGAUUUCAGUUUUGGUAUCUGUACAGUAUGCCUGCUAGCUUGUUGAUUUUUUGUUACUGACCAUUGGACUUAGAUUUCUGAAUUAUGUUAAAUUUGGGUCGGCUGGUCGGUGUUUGGUACGAUAUUUUAAAUGCUAGCAGUAUUCUGAUGUUUUUCGAUGGAAGCGAGAUGUUUUUCGAUGUUGGCAAAAGCUCUGUUUUGACGAUGCAUAUUUUGUGACUGGAUACGCAUGCACUGCUCUGAAAUCUC